GUGACCCCUUCAGUCGCCUCCGCCGCCAUGGACACGAGCCGCGUGCAGCCCAUCAAGCUGGCCCGAGUGACCAAAGUGCUGGGCCGGACCGGCUCCCAAGGCCAGUGCACGCAGGUUCGGGUGGAAUUCAUGGAUGACACCAGCCGCUCCAUCAUCCGCAAUGUGAAAGGCCCAGUCCGGGAAGGAGACGUUCUGACGCUUCUGGAGUCAGAGCGGGAGGCCCGCCGCUUACGCUGAUCCUGCCCUGCCUG